UUGGGCUGCCUCCAGUCUAUUGAGAUAGGUGGAUCGGUGGAUCGAGCGAUCAGUUUGAACGUGUACCAGGUGGAGUUUCUCAGGAUAAGGAGGUAAUAGAUAGAAGGAUUGAGACCGCAGUGUAAGGAUGGGGCAUGGAAAGGGGAAAGAUGAUUAUAAGCUGGCAGCAACCACUGAAGACGAUGGGGACGAAAAUAAAAAGUCGACAAAAAAAGCUAAGAAGUUGGACUUGGACACAUUGAAAAAGGAAGCAGAUGUGAAUGACCACAAGUUGACCUUGGAUGAACUUCACAGGAAACACAACACAGACCUAACCAGGGGAUUGUCCUCCAAUCAGGCCAAAGAAAACCUCCUUCGCGAUGGCCCCAACUGCCUGACCCCUCCUCCCACCACCCCAGAGUGGGUCAAGUUCUGCAAGCAGCUUUUUGGCGGUUUCUGCAUGCUGCUGUGGAUUGGCGCUCUGCUCUGCUUCAUGGCCUUCAUAAUCCAGAUGAACUCUGGGGAGGAGCCGACAUAUGACAACUUGUACCUGGGGAUUGUACUCGCAAUUGUCGUUAUUAUUACUGGCUUGUUCUCCUACUACCAAGAAGCCAAGAGCUCAAGGAUAAUGGACUCUUUCAAAAACAUGGUCCCACAGCAAGCCCUGGUUAUCCGAGACGGUGAGAAGAAGAACAUCAACACUGAAGACGUGGUGGUUGGAGAUCUAGUGGAAGUUAAAGGAGGAGACAGGAUCCCAGCUGAUCUGCGUAUUAUCUCCGCCAAUGGGUGCAAGGUGGACAACUCCUCCCUCACUGGUGAAUCUGAGCCCCAAAUUCGUAGUGCCGAGUUCACCCAUGACAACCCUCUGGAGACCAGGAAUAUUGCCUUCUUCUCUACCAACUGUGUUGAAGGAACUGCCAGAGGUGUCGUCAUCAACACUGGCGAUCACACCAUCAUGGGUCGUAUUGCUACCUUGGCUAUGAGUCUGGAGGUUGGGAAGACGCCUAUUGCCAUUGAAAUUGAUCACUUCAUUCACAUCAUCACUGGUGUGGCCGUGUUCCUGGGCGUGACUUUCUUAAUCCUCUCGGUUAUAAUGGGAUAUGGUUGGCUGGAAUCUGUCAUCUUCCUCAUUGGAAUCAUUGUUGCUAAUGUGCCAGAAGGUCUCCUGGCUACUGUGACUGUGUGUCUCACUCUGACUGCCAAGCGCAUGGCCAAGAAGAACUGCCUGGUGAAGAACCUCGAAGCUGUAGAGACCCUGGGCUCCACCUCGACCAUCUGCUCCGACAAGACCGGCACCCUGACCCAGAACAGGAUGACAGUGGCCCACAUGUGGUUCGACAACCAGAUCCAUGAGGCAGACACCACUGAGAACCAGAGUGGUACCUCCUUCGACAAAAGCUCCAACACCUGGGCUGCCCUGGCCAGAGUCGCUGGGCUGUGCAACCGCGCCGUCUUCCUGGCAGAACAGACCAACGUGCCUAUCCUCAGGAGGGAUGUGGCUGGCGAUGCCUCAGAGGCUGCCCUGCUGAAGUGCAUUGAGCUCUGCUGUGGGUCAGUCAAAGACAUGAGAGAAAAGUACCCCAUUGUUGCUGAGAUCCCCUUCAACUCCACCAACAAAUACCAGCUCUCCAUUCAUAAGAACAGCACACCUGGGGAGUCCAAGCACCUGCUGGUGAUGAAGGGAGCACCUGAGAGGAUCCUGGACCGUUGCUCCACCAUCCUGGUCGAGGGCAAAGAACAACCACUGGAGGACGAGAUGAAGGAAUACUUCCAGAAUGCCUAUGAAGAGCUAGGAGGGCUGGGAGAGAGAGUGCUAGGUUUCUGCCAUUUCCAUCUCCCUGAUGAUCAGUUUGCUGAAGGCUUUGCCUUUGACAGUGAAGAUAUUAACUUUCCUACUGAGAAUUUGUGCUUCGUUGGCCUCAUGUCCAUGAUUGACCCUCCUCGCGCUGCUGUGCCCGACGCUGUGAACAAGUGCAGAUGUGCUGGGAUCAAGGUUAUCAUGGUCACCGGUGAUCAUCCCAUCACUGCUAAGGCCAUUGCCAAGGGUGUGGGUAUCAUCUCUGAGGGCAACGAAACUGUUGAGGACAUUGCUGCUCGACUGAAAAUCAGAGUUUCGGAGGUUAACCCCAGAGAAGCCAAGGCCUGUGUCAUCCAUGGUGGAGAGCUGAAGGACCUGUCCGCUGAACAGUUGGAUGACAUCCUGAAGUAUCACACUGAGAUUGUGUUUGCCAGAACUUCUCCUCAGCAGAAGCUAAUCAUCGUGGAGGGUUGCCAGCGUCAGGGUGCAAUUGUAGCAGUGACAGGGGAUGGUGUCAACGAUUCUCCGGCUCUGAAGAAGGCUGACAUCGGGGUUGCUAUGGGCAUUGCCGGAUCGGACGUCUCCAAGCAGGCUGCAGACAUGAUCCUCCUGGAUGACAACUUUGCCUCCAUUGUGACCGGUGUUGAAGAAGGCCGCCUGAUCUUUGACAACUUGAAGAAGUCCAUCGCCUACACCCUGACCAGUAAAAUUCCAGAGAUGUCCCCCUUCCUCUUCUUAAUUGUCGGCAGCAUGCCGCUGGCCCUGGGAGUGGUCGGUAUCCUCUGUAUUGACCUGGGAACUGACAUGAUCCCUGCUAUCUCCCUUGCCUAUGAAAAAGCUGAGAACGACAUCAUGAAGAGGCAGCCCAGAAACUCCAAAACAGACAAACUGGUGAACCAGAGGCUUAUAAGCAUGGCCUACGGUCAAAUUGGCAUGAUGCAGGCUGCGUGCGGGUUCUUUACUUAUUUUGUAGUCAUGGCCGAGAACGGGUUCUACCCCACGGGUCUGCUAGGGGUCCGACUGGACUGGGAAAACAAGUAUAUGAAUGACAUGGAGGACAGCUACGGUCAGCAGUGGACAUAUGAGAGCAGAAAGGUUCUUGAGUUCACAUGCCACACAGCGUUCUUCGUCAGCAUUGUGAUUACACAGGUGGCUGAUCUGAUCAUAGUCAAAACCAGGAAGAACUCGAUCUUUCAGCAGGGAAUGGGGAACCGGGUUCUCAUCUUCGGCAUUAUAACGGAGUCCGCCCUUGCACUCUUCCUCUCCUACUGCCCUGGAAUGGAUGUUGCUGUCAGAAUGUACCCACUCAAGUUUCUCUGGUGGUUCUGUGCCCUCCCCUAUGCCCUGCUCAUCUUUGUAUAUGACGAGGUCAGGAAAUACAUCCUGAGAAGAAACCCAGGAGGUUGGGUGGAACAGGAGACGUACUACUGAGACGAAGAAGCCGUCCCAGGGAUUUCACAAUGUGUUUGUCUCGGAGGGAAAGAAGAGCGCUACAGUAGAGCCUAGAUUUAACUAGUCAAUAUGAAGUUGCAUUGUGCUGCAGAGGGGUCAGACUGGGAUCGCACCUAAGUACAUAAGCUACAACUUUGUUAGGUGAUAAAAGUUCCCCCAAUGGUGUUAAAGAUUAUUUGCAAAUUAGAUGAUGUCAGCUUAUUAGUAUCAUAUAUUUGGAAGAGCAACGCCACUUGACUUGAUCCCUCUGACAGUCUGUCAUAAACUGAAGUGACUAUUUUUAUUACAGAUGUGUGAUCAUGGCCUUGGAAUGAAUAAAUGUAUUUCAACACUC